AAGUUGACGAAGCAGGUCCGGAAGCUGCCGAGCGAGUCCGGAAGUUGCCGAAAGAGAGCAGCGGGGAAGGAGGAUGGCGGAUAUCAUCGCAAGACUCCGGGAGGACGGGAUCCAAAAGCGUGUGAUAGAGGAGGGCCGAGGAGAGCUCCCUGACUUUCAGGAUGGAACUAAGGCCACGUUCCACUACCGGACUCUGCUCAGUGACGAGGAGGGCACCGUGCUGGACGACAGCCGCGUGUGCGGCAAGCCCAUGGAGCUCAUCAUCGGCAAGAAGUUCAAGCUGCCCGUGUGGGAGACCAUUGUGCGCACCAUGCGGGAGGGCGAGAUCUCUCAGUUCUGCUGCGACGUCAAGCAUGUGGUCCUGUAUCCGCUGGUGGCCAAGAGUCUACGCAACAUUGCAGCUGGCAAAGACCCCCUGGAGGGCCAGCGGCACUGCUGCGGCAUCGCCCAGAUGCACGAGCACAAUUCCCUGGGCCAUGCCGAUCUGGACGCCCUGCAGCAGAACCCCCAGCCUCUCAUCUUCGACAUCGAGAUGCUUAAGGUGGAGAACCCUGGCACGUACCAGCAGGACCCAUGGGCGAUGACGGAUGAGGAGAAGGCAAAGGCAGUGCCGGUCAUACACCAGGAGGGCAACCGGUUGUACCGCGAGGGCCGUGUGAAGGAGGCUGCCGCCAAGUACUACGACGCCAUCGCCUGCCUCAAGAACCUUCAGAUGAAGGAACAGCCUGGGUCCCCUGACUGGAUCCAGCUGGAUCUGCAGAUCACACCACUGCUGCUCAACUACUGUCAGUGCAAGCUGGCGGCCCAGGAGUAUUACGAGGUGCUGGACCACUGCUCCUCCAUCCUCAACAAGUAUGAUGACAACGUCAAGGCCUACUUCAAGCGGGGCAAGGCGCACGCGGCAGUGUGGAAUGCCCAGGAGGCCCAGGCUGACUUUGCCAAGGUGUUGGAGCUGGACCCCGCCCUGGCGCCCAUCGUGAGCCGUGAGCUGCGGGCCCUCGAGGCAAGAAUCCGGCAGAAGGACGAGGAAGACAGGGCCCGCUUCCGGGGCAUCUUCUCCCACUGACAGGGCCCUGCUGGCCCAGCCACCCUGCCCAGCUCACUGCUGCUGCUAGCAGCCCCCCCGCCCCCACCGUAUCAUGCUUCUCUGUAUAUAAAGGCCUUAUUUAUCUCUC